UUGGGCCCUGCAGCUGUGGCAGAGCACGCGUUGUCCCAACCCUGAUGGAUAUUGGCAGCAGCUGGCAUUGUUUGGAGGCCAAUAGCUCGGGGUUUCGUGCUGUGUUGUUCCAUUAGCGAAGUGUUGCCGUGUGAACUGUUACCUGUUUGGCCAGCUGUCACCUUGCCCUCGGUGAGGUAGCACCAGCAAUGUCUGCUAACGACAGGGCGAUCCCUGCUAUCUCACCAGAGCUCUCGACAACUGAGGAGGAGACUUUAAGGGACAGGGUGAGAGUUCAUCAUUUGAAAACACCUCAAGGACACAAGAGGCAGCUCCCCCUAAAGUGACUUAAUUCCUAUUUACAAAGUAACCACCAGUCUGUCUGUCAGAGAAGGGCUGUGAAACGGCAGUUGCUGAGACACCAGCUGCUGUAGGAAACACCCACUGAAGGAGACUUGGCACAUAACCGAGGUGAAAGCUGACAUAGCUGCCUUCACAACAGCAGCGUAUGGCCUCACAAGUCUUGGUCUAUCCACCAUAUGUUUAUCAAACCCAGUCAAGUGCCUUUUGUAGUGUGAAAAAACUCAAACUAGAACCAAGCAGUUGUGUGUACCACGAAAGAGCCUACCCGCAAAUCUAUGUGAAUGGUAAAAACUUUGGAAUCUCUCCCCACAGGGUUAGCGCUUUCCUUCAGACUAAAAACCCAUUUGACAGACCUCGAGGACAGAACGUUUUGUUGCAGUCAAAUGCUGUUGCUUUAAAAUAUAUUGCAGGUGCUACAAAAGCGUUAGCAGCGCAGGCGCAGCAAGCUCAGUUGGAAGCACCUCAGACUGGGACACAAGGAAGCAGAGUAGAUAUACUGGAAGGACCCCAGCGAUGUGGAUUGAAGCGUAAGAGUGAAGAGCUAGAUAAUCAAAGCAGCACGAUGCAGAUCGUUGAUGAACUGUCCAUAUUGCCUGCGAUGUUGCAAACCAAUGUAGGAAACCCAGUGACAGUUGUGACAACUGCUGCGACUUCAAAACAAACUGGUACAAGCGGAGAUGGAGACUACCAGCUGGUACAGCAUGAGGUUUUGUGCUCUGUGAAAAAUACUUACGAGGUUCUUGAUUUCCUUGGGCGAGGGACCUUCGGACAAGUGGUGAAAUGCUGGAAAAGGGGGACAAAUGAGAUUGUGGCAAUCAAAAUCUUGAAGAAUCAUCCUUCGUACGCACGUCAAGGACAAAUAGAAGUGAGCAUAUUAGCAAGGCUAAGUACUGAAAAUGCUGAUGAAUUCAAUUUCGUGAGAGCCUACGAAUGCUUUCAGCAUCGUAACCAUACUUGUCUGGUUUUUGAGAUGUUGGAACAGAAUUUGUAUGACUUCCUGAAGCAAAACAAAUUCAGCCCUCUGCAACUGAAAGUAAUACGGCCUAUUCUACAACAGGUGGCCACUGCACUGAAAAAACUAAAAAGUCUUGGUUUAAUCCAUGCUGACCUCAAACCAGAGAACAUUAUGUUGGUGGAUCCUGUUCGGCAGCCUUACCGGGUUAAAGUAAUAGAUUUUGGGUCUGCCAGCCAUGUAUCAAAGACUAUUUGUUCAACCUAUUUACAAUCCCGGUAUUAUAGAGCACCAGAGAUCAUACUGGGAUUGCCGUUUUGUGAAGCCAUAGACAUGUGGUCAUUAGGGUGUGUGAUUGCAGAGCUGUUUCUCGGAUGGCCACUGUACCCAGGAGCACUGGAAUAUGACCAGAUUCGUUACAUUUCUCAGACUCAAGGUUUGCCAGGAGAACAGUUGUUAAGCAUGGGGACGAAAACUGCAAGAUUUUUCUGUAGAGAAACAGAUGCACCAUAUUCUGGAUGGAGAUUAAAGACUUUGGAAGAGCACGAGGCGGAGACAGGUAUGAAGUCUAAAGAGGCCAGGAAGUAUAUUUUCAACAGUUUGGAUGAUAUAGUGCACGUGAACAUGGUGAUGGAUUUGGAAGGAAGUGACCUGUUGGCAGAGAAGGCAGACAGGAGGGAAUUUGUCAGUCUGUUGAAGAAAAUGUUGCUGAUUGAUGCUGAUUUAAGAAUCACUCCAGCUGAGACACUGAACCAUUCUUUUGUUACCAUGAAGCACCUCCUCGAUUUUCCUCAUAGCAACCAAGUAAAGUCCUGUUUUCACAUCAUGGAUGUUUGCAAAUGCAGAUCAAAUUUAUAUGACUUAAGCAACCGCAAUAAAACAUCACUUAUGAGACCAGUUGCCUCGGGCAAUGCAGCUAAUCUAACUGCAAGCUUCACCAAAAUUGGCCCAUUAAGAAGCCAGGCUUUAACCGCAUCUGCCCACUCAGUUUUGCACCAAGGAAUCCCACUGCAGGCAGGAACUGCUCAGUUUGGUUGCAGUGACAUUUUCCAGCAGACGCUGAUCAUAUGUCCUCCGACUCUUCAAGGAAUUACUACGAACCAUAGUAAACCCACAAGUUUCUCCCUGAGGGUGGACAACGCAGUUCCAUUGGUGACCCAGGCCCAUGCAAUUCAGCCACUACAGAUUCGAGCAGGAAUCCUUUCUCAGACAUGGUCAAACCACACCCAGCAAAUCCUGGUUCCUGCAUGGCAGCAAGUAGCACCCGUGGCAGCCCCUGCGACAUCUCUGGCUUCUGAUCCUGUGGCUGGCCCACAGAGGCUUGGAGACUGGGGGAAGAUGAUUACCCAGGGCACUCAUUACAACUCAGUGAUGCCGCAGCCUCUUUUAACACAUCAAAUAACCUUUUCUGCCCCACAGCCAAUUAGUGUGGGCAUUGCACAUGUUGUCUGGCCUCAGCCUGCAGCUACCAAGAGGAAUAAACUGUGUCAGAACAGGAGCAAUGCGUUGCAAAAUACCAAUAUCCAAAAUUCAGCCUUUAUAUCUCCAAAGAUAAUUAACCUGAAGGCUGUAAAGAGAAUAAGCUGUAUAGAAGCACAGGACAAUCAUAACUCAGAUGGACAGGAGAGUAAUUGCUGCGAAGCGUCGGUCAGGCUGGAACCUGAUUCAUCUCUUUCCAACAAGCAGCGUCAGGCGAUCUUCAUCGCAGGCUCCCCCAGCCCUGCAGUCAGUGUGAUCACCAUCAGCAGCGACACGGAUGAAGAUGACUUGGGCCAAACCCGUUCUCUGAGAGAGUGCAAAGGUAGCCUUGACUGUGAAGCCUGCCAGAAUACUCUGAAUAUUGACCGUGUGUGUUCUCUAAGCAGUCCUGAUAGCACUCUGAGCACGAGCUCCUCGGGACAGUCUAGUCCGUCUCCUUGCAAGAGAUCCAACAGUAUGUCAGAUGAUGAACAGGAAAGUGGAUGUGAUACGGUGGAUGGUUCCCCAACUUCCGACUCUUCAGGACAUGACAGCCCGUUUGUAGAAGAUGGCUUUGUAGCCAAUACCAACAAAAAUAAGGAGGCAAGAACAUCAGUUAAUUCUGAAACCAAAUCAGCUGUUUGCACAGUAGUGGUGCCACCAAUGAGUCUUGAAAACAGAUUACGUCUUGAUGAACAGAUGGUGAACACAGAUGCUACUUGUCAGCCAUUGAAAAAUGGUCGGUCUGUCCUGGGAAGAAAAACCCAUUCUUCUGCUGUGGGAAACCGUCAGCAAAAACUGGCAUCAUCAUUCCAUCAGCAACAUUUAAACUUCAGCCAGGUGCAGCAUUUCGGAUCUGCGCCGCAGGAAUGGAAUGGAAACUACGCUCAUCGGAGGCAGCAGGCCUACAUCCCAGCAAGCGUUGCCAGUCACGCUUUCUCCCUCCCACAAGGAAGUCCAAACCCCACUACUGUGCACGCACAUCUCUCUGGAAGCACCCACCUGGGAGCACAGCCUGCUAUUCUUCCGUACCCAUCGUCAGCACCCCUUAGUACUGCUGCACCCGUUGCCCACCUUCUUGCUUCACCAUGUACCUCAAGACCCUUACUGCAACAUCCAACGUACAGCAUAUCUCACCCCAGCGGUAUAGUUCACAAAGUUCCAGUUGGCAUAAAUCCCCGUCUUUUACCUUCCCCAACCAUUCAUCAGACUCAGUACAAACCAAUUUUCCCACCGCAUUCGUACAUUGCAGCAUCACCUGCUUACACAGGAUUUCCAUUGAGUCCAACAAAACUCAGCCAGUACCCAUUUAUGUGAGAACUCAAGUAGAGUAUAUUGAGGAAGCUCAAUGAUACGGAAGUUUGACUUAAGAAGAAACAUGGUAUUUAUUAAAUAUUAGCCAUGGCACAACAGGAAAAUUAUUUUUUUGAAUCAUGUAGACUUGGGUGCAAUUUAAACAACUCCGAGCUUUAAAAAAACAAACAAACAAACUCACUUUUAAUGUGUUUUGCACAUUUGGUAUAACUUGUCUUUGGUCAUGUUAUCUUCUUAUAUAGUAACUUUAGACAGGUGACUUACGGGAGCAGAAAUCUGGUUUUGCUCCUGCUAUUUUUUAUAAAAUUGCCUUCUAACUAGUGCAAGACACGUCUACAUUUGGAAGCCAUUCAGUGUACAGAAUUAGAGCAACAGAUGCACAUAUGUCAGCAGUACAGUGUAGAAGUAACUUGUUUGUAUGACGUAUCUCGGUGUUUAAAUGUUGAGUCACUUAUCUAAGAGUUGGGCCGUUGUUCUUCACAUUGCAUGUGUCUUUUGCAUGGGCAGAGAAGCCUAAACAUUGCUCUUAAAUGUCGUCCUAAUAAUCUCAGCUGCAUUGUAAACUGUUCCCACACAUAGUGCCUUAAAUAUUUGAGGUUGUUAAUGUUAUUACUUAUAUAUCAAUGUUGAGGACUGCAGCACUUAAAGAUUCAGAUCUGCUGAUUUUUUGAUAGCGUAUUGCUCAUUUUGGGUUUUGUGUGGUAUGAUUUUAGUAUUUGGUGUUUUUUCCUUACCAAAAAGGCAGCGUGUUUUGCUGUAGCUGAAUUUUGCUGUCUUAUUUUUCUUUUUUUUCCCCCAGAAUGAUCUAGCUUCAAGAAAAGACUUUAGUAGCGCUUAAGACAAGUUGAUUCAGUAGCUCUUGAGUAGUGACACACAGCACAGUAUUCCAUACCGUUCAAUGGAACUGCAAUACAAUCUAAGUAGUCUGUUUUACAAGUGUUUGUCUAAUUGGGUAUAAUAAAACCUUAGAGGUGCGGUAGGCAUGACUGACUAGGUAAUGAACGAAAAGCAAAGUGCUCAUCGACUCAUGACGUGGUUUCAUCUUAGCUUGAGCGAACCGUGCAGUAUUCAGUAACUAGUAGCAGAAUAUUUACUAUUGAAGCUUGAAGAGAUGUGAGUUCUGUGUGUGCAAUCUUUCAUUUAUGCAUGGGAGAGAUUUUAGUCUUUUUAUUUUGUUGUUGUUUUACAUGAUAGUAUUUGUUUUAGCCUGUUGCGGGUGUUUGCUUAUUUAAUACAUUCCGUCAGGGACGUAAAUUACGUGCUUCUUGCAUUUUUCUUUUCCUUAGGAGGUGUGUCUUUCCGUUCUUCGUUUUGUUCGAAUGAUGAAGUUGCUUUUGCAGCACCAAAGACUUUAAAUCAUCCAUUUCCUAUCAAAGGUAGCUACUUUUUCAUAGACCUCAAGUAUACUGUAGUGUAGAGAUGGGUUUUAAAGAAGGUAUUAAACUGAGGCUGUGUUUUAGCUUAUGGGCAAGUAAUAAAUCGUAUCAUUUAUCUUGAAUGUAUCAUAGAUAAGCUGCUAUAUAACGAUUGCCACUUCGGAUAGCUGUGAAAUUAGGUGAUUAACUAGUUCUUUCUUAGCCUUCUGAUUUCUGUACAAGUCUAAUUACAUGAAAUAGAAGCCGGGUUUUGGGUUGUUCUUUUUAUUUUUUAAUUCUUUUAUUUUUUUUCCAUGUUUGAAGUGUCGUAACUACUAUGCUGUAAAUGAGGAAAGAUGAUUGCAUAUAGGGUUGUUAUUUUUUUUUGGGGGGGGGGGGGGCGUGUUAUUUGCAUCAGUAUUUUAUCUCCAUUAACUUUGAGCUCAUCACUGCAUAUAAAUGGAUGUAUCGAUAUAACUUAAUUUGUUUUUUAAUGUUUUCAUAUUGGCGUUGUGCAGACACUUAAGCAGCUGCAUCUUGCAGGCUUGACUUAACUUUGUUUUAAAACAAAAUCUGGAAUACAAUCUUUGCGAUGUUGACUGGAAUAAGAGUGCAAAGCAUUUGAGUUUUAACUCUGUCGAUAAGCUAAGAACUGGUAAACCUUUCCUUUACUCCACUAACACAAGCAGUGUUUUAUUUAAUGAAUGUCUGAAUGAAAUAAAUGUGCCUACAUUUGAUUUGUUUUUUUAAGUAAUAACUAAAAUACGACAGUAUUAGAUCAUAAAACAAACAAACAAACAAACCAACAACAAAAUACCAGCAGUACGUUUUUAAUCACACUGAAAAUUAAGAAACCUGACUUUUUUUCCCAAAAGUUUCAGUGUUUUUAGUAAUCAACUCUAUGCAUUUUGUACGAGUAUAAAUGUAUAUAUGAAGUAUGCAUUAGAAACUAGGAGCAUCCUGAUUAAUUUGGAACCUUAGCAACCUACGUAUCAAGCCUAAACACACGGAGUGGAGAGAACGCUCUAAUUGGAUUAUCCACCUUAUCCACCUUGCCACUUCAAACCUGUGCUAUAUGUGGUCCAGCAGAUUUUGCUUUUAUGUUUAGCCUCCCUCGUGUUGGGAAUUGACGCUUUUCUGGUGCUUACUCCAUUGCAGGCAAUGGACACACCACGAAUCACCGAUGCAAAUGGAGUAAAUGAAUUUUGUAUUGUGAUAACAAAAAGAAAAUAAAUACUACGUUGUUUGGUUUUAUUUUCCGGGGCCAUGGGGAUCGUCAUUGGUUUUAAUGUACUUACUGUGCUUUCUUUGGAACAGUGCUUAAGGUUUGAAGCUGCUGUGCUUGUUACAUUGACACAAUUAUCUGCAAAGCAACAGCAUCCUACUCUAGGCAGGACAAAGUUGCUGUCAUUGUGCCCACACUUUAGAUCUGCCGCUCUUUCUACAUAUGGAGCUUUAGAAACGGUCUCCAUUUUGCUGGGUGACAUAAUUGGUUUUCUGACACGGUUUAAAUUCAACAUAGUGGAUGACUUUACCCCCAUCCUGCAGUACAUCCCAAGAGGGUGGAUUCUGUGCCCAGGGCCCAGCUUAGCAUUAGGCAGAGGGCCCAUUGCUGGAGGAGAAACAAACCCCCAUCCUCUGAGAAGCAUUUAUACGCGUUAUACUGAUUUAUUGCCUUUUUUAAAUAAAACACUGCAUGACUACAGAACUGCAUACCUGCAUAUUACUUUAAUUUGCAAGAUUUUGUAUGAAUUUCUCGUGUUCGGUUUUUAACUUCAGGGUGUUUUAUUGGUCAAAUAUGCUACUGUAUUAACUUCUUUUUUUUUUGGGAGGGGGGUUUAAUUUUUAACCUUUUGUUUUUACUGCUAAUUAACUUGGUUUGUGUUAAGCGAGGAGUUAAAUCACACUGCAAGCUGUAGGAAGACUUGUUCUAGAAUUGACCCAGUGAUAAAGACUUGAUUAAUGAGUUUGAACUGUUACUGUUUAACGACUUGUAGACUCGUGGCUUUUUUUUCUUUAUUCUCCUUUUCUCUUUUGUUCUUUCUUUUGUUUGUUUGCUUUGGAUUUCGAUGCUACACUAGUUGGCCAUGUAGCAAUUGCACUGUGCAAUAUUACAAUAUGAGGACUGGGAAAAAAAAACAAACAUUUUUUUAUGGAUGUAAUGUCUCUUACAGUUUGCGAUAGUAAUUCUUUCUAGUUCUCAGUGAUUUAAAUGUGACCAAGCCUUCUGUACUUUGUCACAAAAAGCGGGUUUUCCAGGUGACUAUUUUGGUGAGUGUCAAAAUAAGAAUUUAUGGUGUAUUACUGUCGAGAUUCACUUUGAAUUAAAAUAUAUAUUGCAGCAAA